CAAACCAUGAAUCAGUCAUGCAUUCAUUCUUAUUUUGUUUCUUGCCGUGAAGCUGAUUCACCUGAAUCGAAGGUUUCCAACGAGGGCGACAAAAACCUCGGAGGUUAUCGCCGCUUGUCGUUCAUCUGUUCGUUCUCCUGUUCAUGAGUGUUAACUCAAUAACUUAAACCUUAAAAGAUUUUCCUAUAUUACAAAGUACUCUUUAAGGAGCGAUUUGAGUACACGGCCACUUUCAUUACUGAUAAUAAUGAUGAACAAGAUGGCAGAAGGUUAUCAGCAAAAUUCAAGAUGGCAAAGAAACGGCGGAAAGCGAUUUGUUCAAAACGAAGUCGCACCUUAUCUUAGCAACGACAUCUUGGAUUUAGGCUGUGGUACUGGCGAGCUGUCUGCUUACCUUGCCGAACUUGUAGGGCCGAAAGGUAGAGUUUUAGCAGUCGACCCUGACAAAGAGCGCAUUCGAGUGGCUCAAGAAUCGCACAAAGAAAUAGAAAACCUCACGUUUGCUGAAGGAAGCACCUCCAGCUUUCCCGGCUUGGGUUUGGAGACUUACAAUGUUAUCUUCUCAAAUUUUGUUCUUCACUGGGUAAAGAACAUAGAGGAAAAGGAAAAAGCCUUCCAAAACAUGUUUAGAAGCUUGAAACCGACGGGAAAAAUUUUUUUGCGAUAUGGUGAUCGGUUGCCCAUUACCUUCGACCGCGUCUUUCGCGAGCUCAACCCAGAAAAUAUGGAUCGUUUACUAAACCUGUUCGAACAUGAAACAAGACCGGUCAUUGAAAAAUUAUGUGAGGCCAAUGGAUUCCGCAUUCUGAAAAGUUUUGACGAGAAGCACGAUGAUCUCGUGUUUGAAAAUGGCGAAGGUCUGCGUUUGUUUUUCUGGGCGACUACAAACGGUGUAUUUGAUCCACAGUUGGUUACUGAAGAACGACUGGAAAAGUUUUGCGCUCGGUAUUCAAGUGGAGAAAAUGGCAGAAUCAAGUUGCAUUUUGAAGAGAACGAUACGUUCAGUGUUUUAGUGGCUGAGAAACCAGCAGAUUAAUAAUGAGCUUGCAAAAAAAGAAGCCGAAGAGGACGGCCGCUUGAAACCUGGUGUGACAAGCGUGACAAUAAUAUUGGGAUGUCUAGAAUUAAUAAGAAAACGAAAACCUAGAAAUGCGCAGCUUUCUUUAUAUUCGCAUUUACUCUCAACCGCUUAAAGUGCCCAUCACCUAAAAUUUUUUAUUUUCUUAUCUAAAGCUGCACCUUUCU